AUGAAAAAACUUACAGGCCUCACUUUGGUGCUCUUCACUAUCUGCUUUUUGGCAUUCGUUAGUUCAAGUCAUGCCAGUCAGGCUGCAAACCUUCACAGGUUGAUCAAUUCCAGAAGAUCACCAAACCCCCUUGUUUCAGAUUCAUGGGCAGAAUUACAUGCCACAGAAGAGUACUCUGAUGUGUACAUUGGUCCCCAAGAUGGGUUGAUGCAAGCUGACAAGAUCGACGCUUUGCCUGGGCAACCAGAUGGCGUAGAUUUCGAUCAGUAUGCAGGGUAUGUCACAGUUGAUCCAAAGGCUGGUAGAGCACUCUUCUAUUACUUUGCUGAGUCUCCGCAAAAUUCUUCUACCAAUCCUUUGGUUCUAUGGCUAAAUGGAGGACCAGGAUGUUCCUCUUUUGGGUAUGGAGCCAUGGAGGAAUUGGGGCCUUUCAGAGUAAAUCCUGAUAACAAAACUCUCUUCCGGAAUACCUAUGCAUGGAACAAUGUGGCAAAUGUGCUUUUCUUGGAGUCUCCGGCUGGGGUAGGCUUUUCGUAUUCAAAUACAUCUUCUGAUUAUAAUCACACUGGCGACAAGAGUACUGCCAAAGAUGCCUACACCUUUCUCAUCAACUGGCUUGAGAGGUUCCCACAGUACAAAAUCCGCAACUUUUACAUAUCCGGAGAAAGCUAUGCCGGCCAUUAUGUGCCUCAGCUCGCAUACACCAUUCUGCAAAAUAACUGGAAUGCAAAAACCAUCAUUAACCUCAAAGGCAUUGCUGUAGGAAAUGCUGUGAUGAACAAUCCUACAGGUUUAAAGGGGAUCUUUGAUCAUUUAUGGACUCAUGCCUUAAUCUCGGAUGAAACACAUGAAGGCAUCAACACAUUUUGUCAUUUUGAGGAUAAUGGACCUACACCUGCAGAGUGUGGCAUGUUCAUGAAAAAAGCAGUAUAUGAGGCUGGUGAUAUAGAUUUUUACAACAUCUACGCACCACUCUGCGACGAACCCAUGCUAAGAAAUGGCUCCACUGGCUCUGUCAACGAUUAUGAUCCGUGCUCGGACUUCCAUGUCGACUCAUAUUUGAACACUGCAGAGGUGCAAAAGUCUCUCCAUGCAAAUACAAUGACUUGGAUAGGUUGCAGGAGCUUUGAUUAUUGGACUGACAGCCCAACAACCAUUCUACCCAUCAUCAAGGAUCUCAUUGCAAAUGGAAAAAGAGUCUGGGUAUACAGUGGUGACAUAGAUGCCGUUGUUCCAGUUACAUCAACCAAGUACGAUAUGAACACUCUAAACCUUCCAAUCCAGACGGCUUGGCGUCCAUGGUACAUUAACAAUGAGGUUGGUGGUUAUGUGGAGGAAUACAAAGGGUUAACAUUUGCAACAGUAAGAGGAGCAGGACAUAUAGUUCCAAGCUACCAGCCUGAGAGAGCACUGCUCAUGAUCUCAUCAUUCCUUCAAGGCUCUCUCCUUCCUUUCUCAUGAAGAUCCAUCUAUAUAUGCUUAUACCAUGUAUAAAAUUACUGUAACUUCUAAUAAAAAGCUUUAGGAAGUCUUAUCUUACUGGAUA